CACCGCGCAGCCUUGUCUGAUCUACUUUCACUUUCGAUUCCAGAGGGAGGUUGAAGGAGGAAGCUAGACAGAGGGAGAAAACGCACACAAAGUUUGAGACUCACAGCUGAAAUCAAACCUACAUUUACACCCUGGAGACUUUACACACAAAAUCACAGGUUACUGAACUGAAUCAGAGCGAAAUCAUCCUCCAGAAAACAAGAAUAAAAGCGUCUUAAACAAACUGUCAUACUUUUUUCCACUUCUAGAAAAAUCAAAAUGAGCAUUCGGGGAGAGGAACAGAUGGAGAAGAGGUACGACCCUCUGGAUACCACCCUGAAGUUUGUCAACAGGAGGGACGACUUGGAUCCAGUCUGUGAUGAUGAUGAUGACUGUCUCAGAGCAGAGAUGUCGUGCGGCCACGCUGUCACUCCUGACACUCUGACACAAUGGUGUCGCAGCCAGCUGGAAGAGGGUAAUUAUAAAUUCAGAUGCCCUGCGGUGGUGGAGGGGACCAAACUGUGCAAUAAACUGUGGUCGUACCAAGAGGUGCGCAGACUGGCUGAUUUGUCUGUUGAGGAAAUGCAGCACUUUGAAGACACCAUGGCUCGCCUGGCUGCUGCAGGAUACUGUGAAAUUCAACCAUGCCCGCAGUGCAAAACGAGUGUAGAGAGGAAGGAUCUCUCCAACCUGUGUGUCCAGUGCUUCAUAUGCACAGCCGACCAGAAGAAGGCCUACCAGUUCUGCUGGCAGUGUCAGAGAGCGUGGAAAGGUCCAGGUCCUCGAUCUGACCGCUGCGACAACGACGGCUGCAUCAACAGGGACCUGCAGCUUCUGCAGACAUGCAAGACCAUCAGUCUGCCCGCGGUGGAGGGGGUCACCGUCUGCCCCUCCGUCAGAGCCUGUCCCACAUGCGGCAUGAAGGUGGAACAUAGUCGAGACAACUGCAAAAAUAUCAAAUGCCCUCGCUGCCGCAUGGAGUUCUGCUUCGUCUGCCUGAAACUGAAGCGUGAAUGUUGUAAGACCAGUUCACCAUACAAAAUCUGUCCCAGUGGUGUGGCUCCUAGACAAACCUCUAUCCCUGUGUUGCAGAGGAAAUGAAAAAAAAAGAUCCGUCUGUACAUGAUGAACAAGUCAACAAUACAGGUUUAAAUGUAUUAAUCCAUUACUUUAUAAACAAAAUGUGACAAAUACACAUGCUGUAACUCCAAAAGACAUGGAAUAUCUUUUUACUUGUGGCCCCUACUCUGCCUCUGAUGAAAGUCUGAUGUUUUAUUGUACUGUGAAUGCCAAUUGAUGUAUUAUACAGUAUAAUUAUAUCAUAUUAUAAUGUGUAUUGAGCUAUACUGAUAAUGUUACAUCUACAAAAUGAAACUUGUUGUUCAGGUGAUCUAAAUCGGCAAGGACUGGAGAGGGACACUCAAGUAUCGAACAUGAGGUAACCAGAAUUAGGGACAGAGAGACAGAUAUUUCCACCAAAAAGGUACUUUAUUUAGAUAAACCUCCCCUUUAACAUCAUCAAAUGGUGUAUCUGCAUUAAAUACACAAACAGAGGGAGAUGCAUUACAUUAACAGCAGUGCACAUGCAUUUACUCAUUGUAAUCAUAAUUACCAACUCAAAGCCAGAGAAUAUCUAAAAACAAUAUUCCAGUUAAACAUGGGAAUUUAGUCAUAAAGUGAACAGACAAAGACAUGGCAUUAUCAAAGUGAUAAACCUUAAUGAAUGACUCACUUUAGACAUACGAAUGAAGAGGUCUGGCUGGUAGCAGGACAAACAGAGAACGGUUCUUUCUCCUCCCCUCUUAGUUAUAAGAGCACUGAUUGAGUGCAGAUUGGGCCCCGGUGAGCCCUUGGCUCCUCUCUGAGCUCAUCAGGGUUAUGGUAGACAUGAAACAAUUUCUAACACUUCUUGGAAAAAGUUAAUUUUGAUUUCAGAAUCUAUUUAGAAACCUUAUCAUUACUCAAUAAAAUCAUAGAAAUCCACA